GCCCUGGUUCCCAGGGGGCUUGGCACUCAGGAAGCCCAGGCCUGCACCCAUGCCAGAGGCACUCCUCCUGUUCCGGUCCUGGUAGCACUUCCUGGCUUACUUCUUCCUCGUGUGAGAAAGGGCCACCGGCUCACCUGCAGCGCUCAGGGGUCCAGAAGCUUCCAUGGGCAUGGAUCUGGAUUCCCACAGCAACCUGGCCCAUGCUGACAUCUUGGGGGUAACAGGUGUCCAUACUUGAGCUCUCCCCCUGUGCUGCCUAAGCUCAGGCCCUGCAGGAUUCCCUCCAGGAACUUGGAGAACUUCUCUGGGCUCCCAUUCUUGGGCAGCUGACACCAAGUGGCAGGAUUCAGGCACAGGGGCUCCCUGUGCCUAAAUCUUCCUGGACCCUUCAGUGGGUGACCCUGAUCUGCCUGAGAGGUGGGCCAUCCUAGGAUAUCAUUCUUGCCAGGGGAGGUCUCCUAAAGGUAUUCUGGGAUCUUGCAGGAGGUGGGCUACAGCCAGGGUCUGAGCCAUGUGGUGGCGCUGUUGCUCAUGUAUAUGCCCGAGGAGGACUCUUUCUGGGCCCUGGUGCAGCUCAUGGAAAGCAGGAAGCACGCGAUGCACGGUUUCUACAAACUGAACACCCCCAAACUGGAGCGAUUCCAGCAACAUCUGGGAGAGAUCCUGCAUGGCGUGCUCCCCUCCCUGGAGAAACACCUGGAGAAGGAGGGUGUGUGCCUGGAGGACUCCACCACCCACUGGUACAUCCAGUGCUUCCUGGAUGGGGUGCCGUUCCCCCUGGCUCUGAGGAUGCGGGACAUCUAUAUCCUUGAGGGUGAGCACGUGGUCACCACCAUGGCAUACACGGCCCUCAAGAUCCAUCACAGUGAGUCCUCAGGGCCCACAGAGGCCCGGGUGCUGGGGACGGAGGAGCUGGGGGUCCCCCUGCCUGUCCCUCAUGAGCAGGGCUUGAGGGAGGGAUGAGGGGGUUUGGGAGUCCUGGGUUCCCUUCAGGAAGGCACUGAGAAUCCCCUGUUGCACCCCCAAUCCCAGGCCCC